CAGCGAAUCCAAACUCAGAUCUAAGCAUAAUCGCAAUCGCAAUCGUUCCAGAGCUUCACUUAUACAUACUUGCAAUAUGUAGAUGUACAAUACUAGCUAGGCACAAUCGGGUUGUGUUGUCUGCAGUAGCCUCAUAUUACGUACCUCAAUCGUCUUCCUUCGCUCUCCUACGUCUUCAUUACCGUCUGAUCAAUCAGAAUGCCCUUCCCGUUGCUCAGGGAUUUUGGCAAGGUAAUCCCAGUUCGUUUGAGGCGCCCUACAAAGAACGGAGUCACACAAUGCAACCUGAACUCGACAGCUGCCAACCAUGCGAGCGAUUGCUCCAUCCCCGCUAGCAUCACUAGCAGUGCCUUGUCCUUUGCUUCAUCCGUUCACACUUCUAAUUCAUUGCUAGUGCACCCUGUUUCUGCGAGCAGAGAGCCGGGUCUCGAAGUCCCCGCCAAUGUUUCUUCCGCCACAUACUCAUGGGGUGUAUCCCCUGCCCGCGAUGCUUCCGACAUGGCUCAACUAGCUUUGCCCUUAAUACAGGCUGUUGCAGGUGCAAUUCCACUUGUCGGUGCUCCGGUGCAAUCGGCCAUCGGUGGAUUAUUGACAAGCCUUCAAGCUAUAGAUAGACGUGGUCAGAAUACGGCGGACCUAAAUAGCCUGACAUUGCGACUCGAUCGACUAAGCCGCGAUUUGUGCAACGCUGCACCUGCCCGGGAUCCUCUUGAACAAACCCGGAGGGAUUCCCUUGUUAGGAUGCUGCAAGACACCUCAGCCAAAGUGACAGUAUUGAAUAAAUGUUGUCUCGCAUACACAUCCAUCACACAAGCUAUUGCCGGAUGCUUUGUUGAAAUCGAUCGUUAUCUGGCUGAGUAUUUGUUGUCGUCCCAAAUGCAAAAUCAACAUGACAUGCAUGAAGUGCUGGCAAGUCUGCAAAGGCAGCAGAAGGAUUAUCAGAGGCUCCACGAGGAUCAUCAAAAGUUACUGAUGACAAUGCAAAGCCUGGUGAUCCGUGAACGAUCCUCCAUAGAACCGUCUGCAAUGCAUUUAACCGAAACUGUCGCGCCUGGCUGUGUCACACUCGUAGACGCAACAGGCCACGAGCACGCAAUAUCGGCGAACUUCUUCACCUCGUUUCAGCAACUCAAUAAGAUGCUCCAAGUUCUGUUUGAACGCGACUCGAUUGAAGCUCAAAUUCAAAGACGGUAUAUGGAAGCCGGUCAUUACUAUUUAUGCGUUGACAAAGGUACUGAAGCAAUCCAACUGACAAGCCAUGGAUGGCCAAAAAUUGAUGCGGGCACGAAGAUUAUCAUGAGGGUUGUCAUUAGAGAGCGGACGACAUCAUUUGGAGUCGACUACCAAUGUAGUUUCUGCGGCGCCGAGAAUCACAUUGGCGAACGUGUUUCUCUUUUGGGUCCUGACUGCGUCUAACAACCGCAAGUCGAGUAUGCAAACGGCGGUUUCAGAUCUCCCGUCUAUCUCGCGACGUGUUGCAGAGCACUCGAUCCUGUAACAUCGACACCAAUCACACGGCGACUGGCGCAGAAAUGCGCCUUAUUCGCAACUUCCAUGUCGAGCAAAAUUUGGUGCGUGAUCUCG